CGUUUCUCGUAAAGUGACGCGUAUACGGAAAACGAAACUACGUUACACAAAACAAAACUAAUAAAAAAUAUUUAAGUGUUUGAAUCAGAUUCGCGUAUUGUUUUGAAAGCUUCCAUUAAUUUUCUUAAGAUGAUUAAUAUUCAAAAUGAUCUCAAAUUAGGUUGUAGCCAUAAUUUUGAUAUCGGCCAUUCUAUUAGUCAGCAGUAAAAUUACUAUUUUCACAGUGAUACGUGUCAUUUUCUUUGUUGUAAGGUUUUGAAUGGAUUCAAUUUAAUAUAACUGGAAUUUUUAUAUUGGGAUUUUGAAUUCUUUUGUAUUAGUGUUAUAGUCGGUCGUUAAAUAAAGAAUAUGCUUAGACAAGAAAUCGAAAUCGAAAGUAGAACUACUGUUUACCAUUAAAACUGUAUUGCUAAAAUGGACGCGGGGAUACACUUAAGAUACCGAGCGGAGUGUUAUCCCAGAUACGAGUACUUCAAACGUCGCUUGAAAGAAUUUGUGCCAAGACUGGAACGGAUUAUCAAUGCCAGCAAAUGUGCGGAUUAUAUACACGAGGCGUCAUCCUUGCUCGAGAUGAUUUUGCAAGAAGCAAAAAACGUCCAAGACACAGUAGAUAUUUUUGUGUUCCGAGAAGACGUGAAUGUAUGCACACCAGAGAUUGCAGUGAAGUUUGAUGUGACCCAUUCAACACAGAAUCGAGACAGCCAUCAGCAACACGAAGACACCAAGAUUAUUUUGUCAAAACCGGAAUUCGUUGGGAUUUUUCCGCCAUCAGCAAUGGACGACAGCCGUGUGGAAACAAAAGAAAUCUCUUGGAGAAAGGAUCAGUCUAUGAUGAAGGGAUUUCCAUGCGCUGUAGUUGUCUUCGUUUUCUCCACGGAUAAGUGUUUGCAAGAUCUUAGCAAUAACACACAUUUUGCACAACAUGACACGAAUAUCCUCGGGUAUAAUACUACAAUGGAAACUUGUUAUAGAACUACGGAAGGCAUCUUACAAAGAAUGACACAUGAAGAUACAAAGUCAUUCGCUGAAAAUAUUCAGAGAGUUUUUGAGGAAAUAAUCAUUGACAUCUUUCUGAAAAUUGAGAUAUUGAUCGACAAGUUUUCCCUUCGAGAUGGCAAAACGUUGCCGUCCUCAAUAGACGAACUUCUUGAGGAACGAAUCCGUCGGAUUCUCAGUAAUCGUUUGAUGAUGCAGGAAAUAGAAGGUAGCGAUAAAGAACAUGAGAGUUCCGUCUUUCCUGAAACAAUUGAUCAGAGUGAACCUCCAAAACGAACAUUGAUUGCAGUUGUGAAAAUACAAACACGAUGCACUCUUGUAGAAACCUUAUCAAUAAAGAAUGGUUUAUCACAAGCGGUGAUCUUAUCUUCGCUCGCAGAAUUAAGAUUUGACGAUCAACUGGUCGUCAUUUGUCGCAAAGUCUUCGUGCAAAAAGAAACAGAAGAUUUUCUUAAAGACAUUAUAUGCAAAACCGACAGAUAUCUUAAAUGGAAAAGCAACAAGUUUGCUCAAACUUUCAAAACAAAAUCCUCGAAAUUGUUUGAAACUGCGGAUAAUUAUAUACAAUCAAAGGUCGAGUUUAUUCAGAAGUUGAACAGACUGAAAUUUGAACUUCACGGGAUCUUGCAAAUGACUCCUGUUCAUACAGGAACAGUUAUACCAAAAAUACCUAGCAUGGAUGUUCGUUUACAAAAAGAGAUAAUGCGUGUCCCUAACGUGCAGUUUUGUGGUCAUGUUUAUGGCAAGCUCACGAUUUACGUAACCGAUCGCAAACGCGUCAAUGAGAAAGACAUAUGGAAUUUGUUACGAAAACACAAUUACUUACACGGAUACAAAAUACAAGAAGUAGUAUCAACGGUUCAAGCUGGAUCAGAUAUAAGAUGUGGGCAUCACCUUCGAGUACGAGGUUUUGGAAACUGUACAGACUUUAGUUUAGGUUGUUUUGUCCAUCUCGAUUUUGGUGCCGGUGGGUCAUUAGAUGACGUUUAUGCUAUAUCGUGUGGUCAUUGUAUUUGCAAUGGUUGUUACACGGUUUUAGCGAGCUAUCGCGGACACAUGCAUGAAUUUGGAAAAGUAGAUUGUUUGCUCGAUAAAAGUCGUUAUCUGGACAUCGUUGCUAUUAAAGUAUCUACAUCAUUUACUAAAAUAUGUAACUUUAAUUUUAAACAACCUCAACACGUUGAGACAGACGCACGAUUAACAUAUUAUCAAGGGACUAACUAUGACAGGUUGGAGGUGUACAAAUAUGGUCAUGGAAGUGGUUUAACUACAGGUAUUGUUGUCAGUUCUGAUACUGUUAUAAAGACCGUGGAUGAUCAAGAAAAUUAUCAUACCGAUGACUUUAUGUACCAGAUUCUCGUGGAACCUAUGACUGACGUAACGCAAGGUACGCCGUUCUCAAAGAAGGGUGACAGCGGUUCCAUUAUUUGUGUGUACGGGCCAGCGAAUGACUGUGUGGAAGCACUAGCGCUACUUUGUGGAUCUUUUGAAGAUCGUGAAACGAAAGCGUAUAUCUGCACAUAUGGAAGUCACUUUGAGAGGCUUAUAACCGAGUUUGGAAGGCAAUGCCAUAUGAAAGUCACAUUAGUCGAGAAAUACCGUUUGUUCCCUUAUUUGCACCUCACAACAAGAGCGAUGAUGCGAAAAGCCUGCUUCUGGAUUCGUCUUGAGUAUGCUGGUUAGACUGGGCAGCCCCAUCUAGACGCAUGGAAGGGAAUCAACAGAAGAACAUACUGUUGACGAGGUGAUCUAAUCAGAUUUACCUCGAAGAAAUGAACAUGCUGAGUAUACAAAAAUAAUGUGCAUUCUUCAUUCCACCUCAUACACGUCUCUGGUGGCCCACAACGUGUACAUGCAUUCGAGUGUGUUGCAUUUUAGUGAAUUUUCAUACGAAAGCUAUUAAGGAUAAAACGGUGAAAACAUGAUAACAUGUUUGAUUUGUACUCUAGUUAUGCUUAUGUCGAUGGCGUUACAAUUUCGGUUUGAUAUAAUUAUAUAUUAAAAAAAUAAGUUCUUCAAAAGCAUAACGCUUUAAAAUUAAAAAUUGUGUUACUUUCAGUGUUCAAAUCGUAAUAUACCCCUUCGUUAUGACAUAAAAGGGUAUACUUAAAUCACCAUGUAUCUGUCUGUCUGUAGAAACAUUUUUUCUGCGGACGUUCCCCUUUACUGUUAAGCGUAAGUCAUUUAUUUACUGAGGUCAUCUUGACUAUUUGUUUAAAAUAUGCCCCUUGCUUACAAACUAGCCACACCCUCGGGUCACGUCGUAUAGACUUGUUAUAACUAGUCCAAUAUUGUUGAAUCAGGCCUGGCCCAAAGAAUCCUUUUGUAUCAAAUAUUGGGAAUGUUUCGUCGCUGUUGUGACAAGCUAUUGUUUUGAACAGUAAUUUUUACAUUUUUUCCAGUAUCCAUUACUUUUAACUCUUAAACUGAUUGAAUAGAAACAUGAAUUGGCCUCGGAGAUGACGAAGUGAUCAUUAACCAAAGUGACUAGAAGAACAUGAAAGGCAUUCAAACACAGUAAUAGGCAUUAAUUGCAUUAUAAUAAAAUGAAAAAAAAAGAUAAAAGAUCUUAAUUUGUUGAAAUAAUUGUUUAGAGUAAUAAACCUUGAUAAUAACUUUGAACAUUGUAUUAUAGAGUAACGUUUUUUUAAGACGAGAAACGACGAUGAAUCUAAAUUCGUCAAAUUCGAAAUAACAAAAAACAGAAAAAUUUGUAUUGGAUUAAAAGAAAAUCUUGAUCAUUUUCUGUGAUCGGGCGAUACGUAUAUCUUAUAAAUAUUUAGAGUUAACCGACAAGAAUAAAUUAACACUAAUUCUAAUUUCACAUUAGAAAGCUCCACUGUUUGCAUUUCAAAGCCAUAAAGGUCAACAAGCGCUGGACUUCAGUGAGACUCUGUGUACAUGUAUUUGCUUUUUCUGCUAGGCAUGAAAAUAAUUGAUCCGAAAACUACUACAAAACUUGCUGAUAAUUAUGCAUUAAAAAAUGUUUGUAAAUAUACCAGAUGAAAUAUGUAUAAAAUCAUACCUAAUCAAUGUAAACAAAGUAUUCUCUGCGAAAUGUUAUACAUCGAAUGUGUUUUGGAAUGUAUACCUGUGUAAUGGGUUAAUUUCAAAACAAAUAUAUGAGACGCUAACAUA